AUGACCGUGCCCUGGCGGCCAGGAAAGCGACGCAUCACUUAUAAGGAAAAGGAGGACUUGACACUCCAGCCCCGUUCCUGCCUCCAGUGCUCCGAGUCCCUAGUAGGCCUCCAGGAGGGCAAAAGCACCGAGCAGGGUAACCACGACCAGCUUAAAGAACUGUAUUCGGCUGGGAACUUGACGGUGCUGGCUACUGACCCCCUGCUCCACCAGGACCCAGUACAGUUAGACUUUCACUUCCGCCUCACCUCCCAGACCUCUGCCCAUUGGCACGGCCUUCUCUGUGACCGUCGACUCUUCCUGGAUAUCCCGUAUCGGGCCUUGGAUCAAGGCAACCGGGAAAGUUUGACCGCAACCCUGGAGUACGUGGAAGAGAAGACAAAUGUGGACUCUGUGUUUGUGAACUUCCAGAAUGAUCGGAACGACAGAGGUGCCCUGCUGCGGGCCUUCAGCUACAUGGGCUUUGAGGUGGUCAGACCAGGUCACCCUGCCCUCCCUCCCUUGGACAACGUCAUCUUUAUGGUGUAUCCCCUUGAAAGGGAUGUUGGCCACCUGCCCAGUGAGCCUCCUUGAACAUGCUUAUUCCAACGCUUUGAGGGGCUGGAAGCCGUGACACGUGCAAUCAGGGGCCCGGGAUGUGAUUCAGGACACUUUCCAUCCUAGGAAUAAAGGGUAGUGCAAUCA